AUGAGGCUCACAUUGCUGCUUCUUGCAGUAGUUUUAGCCUACGUGGCAGCUCAGGGUGAUGGUCUCUUUGGUGGAUCUGAUGCUGGAAGUGGAAUCGGUUCAUCUGGAGGAUGGGGAGGAUCUGAUGCAAGUGCUGGAGCAUCUGCAGGAGGAACAGGUGGCGGACGAGGUGGUGGUCGUGGAGGAUCUGGAGGAGGACGCGGAGGUGGUAGCGGUGGUGGACGAGGAGGAUCAGGAGGCGCAGGAGCUGGAGGAUCUGGAAGUGGAUCAGGUGGUUGGGGAGGCCAAGACGGUGGAAGUAGUGCUGGAGGAUGGGGAGGAUCACAAGGAGGCUCACAAGGUGGAUCAUCCGGUGGAUGGGGAGGAUCAAGUAGAAGUGAUUCUGGAUCCGGCCAAGGAGGAUGGGGUGGACAACAAGGAGGCAACUCAAACGCCGGUGGAUGGGGAGGCUCUCAAGGUGGCCAAAAUGGUGGAGGUGGAAGAGGAGGAUCCGGUGGUCAAGGCGGAUGGGGAGGAAGCCAAGAUGGCGGAUCUCAAGGUGGAUGGGGAGGACAGAAUGGAGGAGGACAAGGUGGCAAUCAAGGAGGUGGUGGUGGACGAGGAGGAAAUCAAGGAGGUGAACAAGGUGGAUGGGGAGGACAAGGCGGAUCACAAGGUGGCUCCCAAGGUGGUUCCCAAGGUGGAUGGGGUAACCAAGGAGGUCAACAAGGAGGAGGUCGCGGUGGACAACAAGGUCCAGGAGGUUGGGGAGGCGGCGGAAGAGGAGGCGGAUGGGGAGGUCAUGGUGGUGUUGGAUGGGGUGGUAGAGGUGAUGGAUGGGGACGUGGAUCCCGCUGGGGAUGGGGACGCCCAUCAUGGGGUGGAUGGGGACGUGGAUGGUAAAUGUCUUCAAUAUCAACUUUAAUUUCAAACUAACUGCAAUUGACACCUCAAUCAAGUUUUGAUUCGGAAUCCCUAAUGUAUUACCUUUUUGUUUUGCAAUACUUUUUGGCAAAAGUACUAUAAUAAAAUCGUUGUUUUU